CAGACUGCAGAUGAGAGACUCGGGAGCAGAGACAAUUUUAACUUAGCCAUCCCUAAUUUAUCUCAAGCUUUUUCAAUUCAUCUUCACUGCUCUAUGCACACUGGAACACCAGAUUGUCAACCCCUGGGAACAGAAUGCAACCAGGGAUCUAGAGAGCUGUCACAUCCUGAGAAAUAUUUAAAUUGUGCUGAUUUUCUUCUGGAGUGCUGAGCAGAGGGAAUGAAACUCUCCAUCAAGUCAUAGCUUUGCGGGCAAUAGAUCAGAGGAUACUGCCAGUUUUUCUAAUGGAUUAUUGUUAUCGGGCAGGUUCUUCCUGAAGACUUUUUAGUGAAGCAGCUGUAUCUUCGAUUUCAUUGUGUGACCUUGAGACUUAAUGUCAAGCCCUUAAGAUAACUGCUAGAUUUGGCAAGGUUAAAAGCAGGAAUUUGCAUUGUGGACUUUCUAAUCAGACACCCAACCUGUUCUUUGACCUGAUAAGAGUACGGCUGGACAUUGUGAAAGGUGACACUACCGUAUGCCUUUCUUCACAUGAGACACAGCUUGAAAUAUUUUGAUAAGAUGAGAUGCUUGCGGAAACGAUCAGCAGUGUCAUUCUUAGGAGUCCUUGUCAUUUGCUUGCUGUUCAUGAACUUGUACAUUGAAGAUGGGUAUGUUUUGGAAGGGGACAAGCAAUUAAUCAGAGAAACAGCCACGCACCAGCUCAACCCAGAGCGCUAUGUUCACACUUUUAAAGAUUUGUCUAAUUUCUCAGGAUCUAUAAACAUUUCCUAUCGCUACCUAGCUGGCACGCCUUUGCCAAGGAAAAGGUAUCUUACAAUUGGGCUAUCCUCUGUGAAACGGAAAAAGGGAAACUACUUGCUCGAGACCAUCAAGUCCAUAUUUGAGCAGUCAAGUUAUGAGGAACUCAAAGAAAUCGCAGUGGUAGUGCAGCUGGCAGAUUUUGACUCAGCCUGGUGUGAAGGGAUGGUCCAGGAUAUUUCACAGAAAUUUGCACAUCACAUAAUUGCGGGCAGAUUAAUAGUUAUUCACGUCCCUGAAGAGUAUUAUCCUGUACUGGAUGGCCUCAAGAGAAAUUACAAUGACCCAGAGGACCGUGUGAAGUUUCGAUCCAAACAAAAUGUAGAUUAUGCUUUCCUUCUUAACUUCUGUGCUAAUCUUUCUGACUACUAUGUGAUGUUAGAAGAUGACGUUCGCUGCUCAAAGAAUUUUUUGACUGCUGUUAAGAAAGUAAUUACCUCACGAGAAGGAUCCUACUGGGUGACUUUGGAAUUCUCCAAACUGGGGUACAUUGGAAAGCUUUACCAUUCCCAUGACCUCCCACGCCUGGCCCAUUUUUUGUUGAUGUUCUACCAAGAAAUGCCUUGCGAUUGGCUGCUCAUCCACUUUCGUGGGCUGUUAGCUCAGAAGGAAGUGAUACGUUUUAAGCCAUCUCUUUUCCAGCACAUGGGAUACUACUCGUCUUACAAAGGAGCUGAAAACAAGCUAAAGGAUGAUGAUUUUGAAGAGGAAUCUUUUGAUAUCCCUGACAACCCACCUGCAAACUUGCACACCAACAUGAAUGUAUUUGAAAACUAUGAGGCAAGCAAGGCUUACAGCAGCAUUGAUGAGUACUUCUGGGGCAAAGCUCCUUCUACGGGAGACUUCUAUGGGAUUGUAUUUGAAAAGCCCAUUAAAAUCAAUAAAAUUAAAGUUGUCACUGGAACUGAAGACCGGCAAAAUGACAUUUUGCAUCAUGGGGCCCUGGAAGUAGGAGAAAAGAUUGUAGGGAGUAAAAAAGGGAGACAGUGUACUACUUACUUGAGACUAGGGGAAUUCAAAAAUGGGAAUUUUGAAAUAACAGAUGUAGAGCACAAAGUUCUGUUUGAUAUUAACUGCAUGAGAAUACUUGUUACCAAAAGUCAAAAAGAAUGGCUGAUCAUUAGGAGCAUUAGCGUCUGGACUUCUCAAAUGCCAAAUCAAUAAAGCAAAACCACCUGAGAAGGUACAGAGUGCAUACAAUCAGCUGGGUCCCAACUGGUGCCAUUCCCCAGAAAAACUGACAUUUCCAACUCUUCACUAGAGACACGGAAGAUCUGGGGAAAUCACAAAACAAGCAAAGCAAUUUAUUUUUUACUAGUUUGGCCAGGCAAUAUACAAACACUUAUUUGUUGACACUUUUGAAUUUUAUAGGAAAUGCAAAGUUCUCGAACCUCUCUUGAACCCCUUUUUUAUUAUCAUUUCUCUGUAAGAGAGAUUUUCUGGACUAAACAGAACAAAACAGAACAUCCUAUAAUUACCAAAAGGUUUAAAGCUAUGACCAGUACGUUGUGAAAAGAAAUUGGAUUGCACCUUACGCACAUAUAAAUUUAAAAUGUUUUGGUAGUAUGCGUUUGUACAAUAGUUGGUGAUGUGUUUCUUAUAAAGGCAGUUGUGACAAGGAAAUCUGUCCUGAAACUGGCAGUUUCAUUCUGAGCACUGUAAUAAAAUAGUGUGGCUAAUCAUUGCAACUUCUUUUCAAAAGGGAAUGUAUGUAAAAUUAUAAAUCUGACAUGACAACUAUGUAAAAAAUAGAUAAUUGCAUCUGUUAUUCUGUCUCAACAAAUAUCCUUUGUUCUUUUUCCUGGGUCCUUUCACUGAAACGAGCACUACUUGGAUUCUUUAUUACUUAGGGGACCAAUUUACUCUCCUUAUUCGAACAAAAUGCCUCACAGUAAGCAAGCAUUCUGCUUGAGUACAGAUGUCGCUAUCAAACCCAAGCACCUCAAGGGCAACACUGUUCUCUAAGACAGGCAUCUUAACAGACCUCAGCUUCAACAUUCCCUGUUCCUUUACAACAUGCAGAACUCCCCAUGAGUUUGCACACAGCUGAAUACUACAGCAUGCUUUCCAAGGACUGUUAUGCCUUCCAUAUCUACAUGUCCAGUCCAUGUAUGAUACAAACAUAAAGUGUACCAGUUAAUCAAUUGGAGGUGAACGUAAUCACCAGUCUUUCCCAGAUGAUCUCUAGCCAAUAGAGCAGAUGCAAAAGGAAGAAUCUUGAUUCGAUGAAAAAUUAAAAUGUUUCUAAAUUAGUUUUUCUUUUUUCUUCAGUUUUCUAAUUAUCAUGUUAGUUUUGUAGACGUCUUCCCACUGCCUCUGGUUAUUCCUUGUAAGCUUAUUUUGCCUAGCUUUAGCCAAUAAGCAGGAAAGUACCCUCAGUCCUCAUGACUUCAGUGUCAACUCUAGACUUUUAGUGCAACACACAGGGAGGCUGUAGAGCUGUAUGAUUUAUACUAUAUGCAUACAUUUGCAUUAGCAGAAUCUCCAGCCUCUCUCAAGUAGACACACUAAGAAAUCCAUGAGUAUCAAGUGUGACACAGAUGAACACUGUAUUGUCAGUCUCCUGAAUACUGUGGUUAUCAUCUAACUGCAUGUAUGGGUUUUAGUGAAACCUGGAAGGCAAGGAUUAAAUUUCAAGAAAGCCUGCACUGACCAAGAGUGAACUAACUACUGUACUCAACACAUCCAAACCUAACAUGGCUAUUUCAGAGAGGUAAAUUAUUCAAAAAUCUACACAAAACAGCAAUGGAAUUGCUUUUCCUGGUUCAUAAAUCCUGAUAAAUUCAGGUCCAGGUUUGGCAAAUCCCCCAAUACAGAGGUAAGGUACAUUUUAAAAUAAAUCUUCUGGUAUAUGCUUCUACAUAAUUCAGAAAAGCAUCCUUUUCUCAAAGAAAGUCUUUGUUUCUUUGUUCUUUAAUACACACCAAAACCUCUGUUCUUCAUCUACAUAUCUUCAGUAAAAUAGAUUAAAAGUGGCAUACAUGUUCAAUCUGAAAAGGAAAAUAACUUUUUUUUAAAAUGAAAAAUACAUGCUAAUCUCAAAUGAUUAUAAAUACUUAUGAAGGACUUGCUUUUUAACAGUGAUCUUCCAUGACCACCAAAUAAUUAGUUGAUAAUUAGUCAUUAAUCAACACCAGUUUUUUUUAAUGAACUGUCAUUCUUCUAUUUUUCCUUUCCUUGAUCAUUAACUAUUAGUGCCAAAAUCAACAUACCUAUGUUAAACAGGAACAUUACCUUUACUUUUAUUCAGAAAUGCAGUAUGUCCAAACCAAUCUUCUAAAUUGGAAUGGAAAAUAUACUCAAUCCCAAGGUUUAAAAUGUUCUUGUAAUCAAAACCACGCACAAUAUGAAUGGCUAGUACAAAUUAAAUGCUCUCAACAUAAGCCUGAAGUAAUUUCAAUGGUAUUUUUUAAUUAGGAGCCGAACAAAACUGCUUUCAUUUUUAAAACAACAGUAGUAAUGAAUCUCAUCUUCAAUAUCAUGGCUUAGCAGUGAGAACUCUCAUCUGGCUGUUACCAGACUGAGAGGGUCAAACCCACAAUGCCAAGUGAAUGCCCUCAAAAAAAGCUUUCCUUGGGAGUGGAUAGUGGUAUGUGCUGGGAAUGAGAGGCAUGCACCACCCUUCUUGUUGAAUUUGAGUUGAUUUGGAAAAAAUAAUUAACAAUACAUUUAUUCCAGGAGAGGCAAGUAUGCAGUUCUAUAAGCUAGUGUUUUGAGACUCACCUUAGUACACGGGUCCCAGCUCCUCCUUCACAGAAUGCAUAUUUUAUCCAACUCAUUCACAUGAAAAAGGUUGCCAAAUUUUGAAAAAAAAAGGAAACAAAACACCACCAAAAACUGGUUUUCAGACAGAUUUCAGAAAGAUGUAUUUGAAGAUACAUUUUUUUCUUCAUGUGCUAAGAAAAGUGAUUGCCUUCUGAAGGGGAAAUAUUUAAUCAGACAUGGAUAUGUUCACUAAUACUUCUCAAACUUUGAAUUUUAUUUUUUUCACUGAUGAAGCAAAAGAUUAGUAGCAUCACAAAGCUCCAUUCAUUGGUGUAUACAGUUGGUUCUGUUGAUGUGUAUAUUUCCUGCGUUCAUUUGUGGACUGAACAUCAGUAUUUUCAUACCGAAAUGCCAAUACUGAAAAUAUUACACUGUGGUCUGCACACUGAGGGAUCUGUUCUUCACUAACAUACAUGUAUUGGUCCUACUGGCACUGUUUGGGAUUCCUCAUUGUAUAAUGUCCUUGGGCCUUUUUUUCUUUUCUUAACUAAAAGCCAGUUUGUCAUCUACCUUUCUUCACAUAGUGUAAUCUCUCUGACAUAGAGAAUUUGGGGGGAGUGAAAUACUACUCACUGUGAAUUAAAAGAAGAACUGAGCCCUUAGUUUAGUGCAGAAUAAACAAAACCAGAAGCAGUAACUUUCAGGCAAAACAGUUUUAGCAUAUUUACUAUAUGUACUAUGAUGAAGAUAAUUCACUAAGGUGCUAUAUGAAUGUGUUAUUUUUAGAUCAAUGUUCAAACAUGAUGCUCUGUUUUACUCUCUUCUCAGUAUUCUCUUGUGUUAGACAGUAAUGGUUUUGCUUUUAUAAAGGGAAAUGGGGAACUUGUUCAUUAUUGGAUUAUCAAAAGUUAAAUAAAGAGCAAACUAUAACACCUUAGAAAAUAUUUCAUCUGGAAAACUAUUAAAGGAAAAAAAAGCUAUGGUUAACCAUCUUAAAAACUGCAGAUGCAAUCAGCUUUCAUUGUGAAGCAUUUCAGAGAUUCUGAUGGAAAUGAUAGUUCUUACUACUCUCAUGUUAAAUUUGCAGUUCUGUUAGGCUACGUAUCAAUAAGUAUUAAAUUAUGAGUAGUAAGGCAGAUCAUGUAUCAUGAGCUCAAGCAGUGUUGUAUCCUCAAAUGGUACAGUAUAGUGUUUUGCAAAACACAGGUGGAAAAUUCAGAUGUAUUAUAUUGAAAACAAAUUAAGUGAUUUUGAUGUCAUAUUCUAUAUACAAAGACAAAUGAAUUGAAGUGUCUCCACCACUCCAUCAACUUGUCAGAUAAAGAAAAACGGGGGGCUUAAUCCUUGUUCUUCUCUGCUUAGUCCUUGGACAUGAAAACUACAAAAUUUCUACUCCUUUUUGUGGAAGCAGGAUUGACCUAUAUAUCACAAAAGACUUAAAAUGUUGAUUUUUUGUAAAAUAACUAUUUUUUUGAUAUACACAAAUACUUGUCUUAUCUUCUCCAUUUUAGUUUUAGCCAUCCAGGAAGGCUGAAAUGAAAAGUCUCCAAACAGAUGAAUUUUGGUAUCUCUGGAUGGCAUUUUUCAAGUUCUUGCCUCUUUUACUAGUUUUGUCACAGCAAAUACAUUCUGUGACAUCUAGGCAUUCAUGCCCUUUAACAGCACAGUCAGGGAUGUAGACGAAGGCUCGAUUGCUGCUUCUGCUGUAAAUGGAGAGAAAGAGGAGCACGUCCAGGGUCAUCUCAGCAUACAAUGGUUGUCUAAGAUGUGUUUCUCUCUACUGACUACGGUGGGAGGCUAUGCAAGGGGUUUGGCCUGAACGUUCAUUUCCUAGAUAAUCAGGGAUAGAGGAGAUCUGUUUCUUUUGCAUGAUUACACAUAAUAGGUAUAAAUCUAGACAAAAACAUAUGAUACAUAUAAACCUUUACAGAUAAUUUCCUAUCAGCAGCACCACUUUUCACAGCAGGCAUGUUCAGUAUCUUCUUCAUAAAUAUUAUCUUGCAAUUUCAAUGAAGAUAAUUUGUUCGGCUUUAAAAUAAGGAAUAUGAAUCUCCACCUUGAAUCUAAAGCAUUAUUUAUUACAUGUUAGUUUAACAAUGAAAUUAACUACAGAGAAAGAUUAAUUACAAUAACAUCUCCAUAAUAGUAGUUUGUUGUUAAAUUGGCAUAAAAUUGAAUUGGCAUCUGGGCAGAUACUAGUCUAUUUUUCAGCCACAUUUCUAGACGUUUUUCAACUGACAUAAUACCUACUACAAAUUCUCAAAUAAAAUUCCACUUUGUCCUGACAGUUGUAAAAAGGCUCUUAAAAUUCCACGUAGAACUUGAAAGUACUUUAAGUAGGGUUAUAUUGCUAAUUAAACCCUUUGCCAGCCCUUUGCUGGGCUUAUGUAAGAGUUUCACAUUUAAUGAGUAAAGCUGAACAUCAAAAGCUGAUGCUCAUUUCCUCCGUUCAGCUGGUUAAAUAGCUGCCUUCCCUCUUUCUUCCUAUUUACUCAUUAACAUUUGUUUUGCUUUUGCCAGUUCAGGAAAACCUGCCUGGCAGCCAUGGAAAUCUCAGGCUGUGAGUUCUCACUCUCAGAGGUACUGUGUUUGUACUUCAUGAAAUGAUCCCGUUUCUUAACAGACAACGUACCAUUUUUUGAAAUCCAGCACAAGCACAGUGUUCAGUUUCUUGGGCUCUCUCGGUGUUAUUAGAGUGGGU